UGCAAACCGACUCAUUUGUCUAUAUCUUGCCGGAGAUGACUCAGUAGUUACGACUGGAUUUACUAGGAAGUGUUUGUAUUCUGUUUAAUGCCGGCCAGUUCACGCUCCAAUUGAAUGAUGUACAUAUUACCUAUGAAAUGCUGAUCAAAGAUGGCGGCAAAUAGGGUGAUAGACAGCCCAGAGUCCAGAAAUUGGUUCAGUCAAUGGAGGGCCGUCUUCGUAACGAGGAGAGCUCUCCUGCCUUCUGUAAAGUCAAAGGCUGAACAUCUGCACAAUUAUGUACGUAGGAAGGCAUCAAGUGAGCAGACUUGUUCAUCAGACCACAGUCCUAUAUCUGACCGGCCGAUACCUUGUCGGUAUCAUGAAAAACUUCGAAAUGAAAUCAAGGUCAUACACAAAAGAACGAAUCCUUCCUGGAGAAACGCUUCGACUGACACAUGGCGAGACUCAGCGUUUGCUCUCGCCAAGUUAUUCAUGCAACCAGCAGGGUAUGAUGACAAAUCGUCGUUUGAUGAAAUUGACUUCAACGGGCUGGCAGCCUUCAUAUAUAACUGUGGGCAAUUCACACCAACUGUGGAAACACUAUCUGACGAGGCUCGGAAGUACGUCAACAUGAUCCGGCAUAUGCCAGACCUUUGCUCAAGUGCUCUGACAGACCAGGCCACCACUGAGUGUAUAGACAGCAUGAUUGCGCUGCUCAACGAUCCAGAUUUCCACGGCGAUCCAGAGAUACUAGAAGCGAAGAAACAGCUGGAUGAGUUAAAGACACACUUUGAAAAUCCCAACUCGGACUUGUUGAAACAUAUCAUCGAGGAUAGCGCAAUCAGAGGCAUCCAAGAAAUUACGAAACUUGCUUCUGCUAAAGAAGGCGAAUGUAUCGAACAAGCAAGUGCGAUAAAGGAAGACAUUAAGAAACUCGGCGAUGUCUUAAUGUCCAGCUUACAGGAACGAGGUGAAAGCGCCAUGAACGAGCUGAAGAAAAAUUUUGAAAAUGCUCUUGCACAAUUGGAUUCUUGCAUGAACGAUGCCAAGAAUAUUCUAAUUGAGACAACCGAAGAAGGCAUAUGUAAACUUGAAGAAACCACUUUCGAUGGAAAACGGAAACUUGAUAUAACGACGUGUAGAGGAAAACAAACACUUGAAGAUUCAACUGUGACGGGACAGAAUGAAAUACUUGAAACGACAAUGGUCGGAAUACGGGAACUUGAUAUAACGACUUGCAGAGGAAAACAAACACUUGAAUAUUCAACUGUAACGGGACAGAAUGAAAUACUUGAAACGACAAUGGUCGGAAAACGGGAACUUGAUAUAACGACUUGCAGAGGAAAACAAACACUUGAAGAUUCAGCUGUGACAGGACGGGAUGAAAUACUUGAAACGACUUUGGUCGGAAAACGGAAACUCGCUGAACUCUGUGAAAGUGGAACAAGACAAGUUGAGGAUGCAACUGCGGAUGGUAGAAACGAAAUAUUAGAAACGACAUUGUGCGGAAAAGAAGAGCUUAAAGACAUCGUUGAGAGCGGUAAAAACGAACUGAGCGAAUUUAUUAGCUGUACAAGACGAACGAUCACUAAUGAAGACAAAAAACACAGGCAGUCCAAAUUAACGAAAGACAAGUCAGAUUUACAGGAACAGUUACUAAACCAUUACCAAGCAACUUCUGCUGUCAGAAUGAACGUACGACUGGACAUUGAUGCAGCUGUAGAAGACAUUUAUGAAAAGCCAAAACUGAUAUUGAAGAACAAGAAAGACAAAGAUGGUAAAAUAAUAGAUAAAGAAUUAUCAGAAUUGAAUGAGAUUUUCCUGAGUGACAAUGACACGAUGGUUAAAUCGAUAUUCAUUCAAGGCGAGGCCGGCACAGGGAAAACCGCAAUAUGUAAAAAGAUUGUCCAUGACUGGUGCAAACUGAAAAAUGGCGGAAAUGAGGAGACAAAGAAAGACAACCCGUUAAGCCAGUUCGAGUUCUUGUUCUACAUGCGUCUCCGAGAGGUUCAUGAUGAAUGCACAAUCAAAGAAAUGAUAACACAGAAUUUGAUUAAACGUAUUGAUUCAGAUUAUCAAGAUUCUGAAACACUAUUAGCAGAGAAUUUGAAAUCAGAGUGCUGUCUUCUCCUGCUUGAUGGUUUAGACGAGUGGAAACAUUGCAGCAAAUGUAAACUUGAUGAACGCAUUCCUCAUGUCGAAACAAGUUGGAUGUAUUGCACAACAUUGAUCACAACACGACCAUACAAACUAGCGGAGCUGAAAAUAAGCCGAGCACAGCUUGGAAACCAUGUGCAGUUGGAGGGCGUUCAGUCACCUAAGAAUCUUGUUAAAAGAAUAAUUAAGGAGUUGAAAAAAUAUACAUCAAAACAUUGUUCAGAUACAUGCGUUGAAGACCUUAAGGAGAAAGGACUGUGGCAUUUCAGUGAUAUUCCAAUCGUGCUUGUUCAUAUUGUUUGGCUCUGGUUCAAAAACAAGCUACAGGUAAACAUGUCUCAGUCUAAAGUUUACGGUGAAAUGAUAGAGGAACGAUGGUACGAAAUGUGCGACAAGAUCAAAAAAGAAUAUCAAGAGGGCAACAAACUUCCAAACGAAUUCCUGGAUUAUUUGAGUGAACUAGCUUUCAAUAAGCUGUUUUCAACAAAUGAAGAUGACUCGAUUGUUUUUCGCAUUAAAAACAUCCCGUUGGAGAGUGAGAAUCACCAUAAGUCUCUUGCUUCUGGCAUCUUGUCAUGCAGUAAAGAAAUGGGUGAAAGAUCAGCGUCUUAUUACUUUUUGCACAAAACGUUUCAAGAGUACUUUUCAGCAUUGUAUUUAGCGAAUUCCGGAACAGAUUUGCCAACUCAUUGUCACCACAUUCAGGAAGUCUAUACACUUCACAGGAAAGAAAGUGUACUCAGCUUAUCCAAAUUGUUCAUGUUUCUAUGCGGUCUGAAUACAAGAGCUGCUGAAAUGUUUUCGAAGUUAUUGAAUGACCUUUUUACUACACAGUGUGAAAGAGACGGUUAUUCAGAACAGGAAGCAGAGUCAUUCCAGGACAUGAUACUGCAAGGCUACGCUGAGGCGGAGAGGACUGGGAACACAGCAACAGAACUCUGCUUGCAGCAUAUCGUACCUCAUUACUGUGUUUGGAAAGUUGAUUUUACUCCAAAGUUGAAAGUAUUCCUUGAGAAAGAUGGGAUGAAAUCCAACCUUUCGUCAUUAUAUAUAAAUGAAGAACUAUGCGGUAUAUCUUCUGUGUUUCAACACGAGGAAAAUUCAACUGUUUUAGAUUUUGAGAAUUGCAAUAAUCUAAAAUUUGUUUUUCUAGACAAGCUUUCACAUGAAGAUAUCAAAUUGAAUUUGAAUGGAUUAGUGGAAUGCAGCAUAGAAUUCAGUGUCUACAAACCAGCUAAAAAACUGAUAUCCUCAUUUCUGUCCUCAGAUUUGACAUGCUUGAAAACACUCAAAUUGGACAACUUCGGGUGGGAAUGUCAAGCUGUUGAAAUUUUCUCAAAACUUCAAUGCAUUGAACAACUAGACGUAACAUGGAGGAAAAGUUCACCAAAUGAUUCGCCAUUCGACCUUCGACACCUAGAGCACCUGCACCAGCUUUCCUUAAUGGGACUUGAUUUCUCAGACGUUAUUAUUCUACAUACGCUCAAUCUUCGCACGUUAAUAGUCGUCUUUGAAACACAAAAAAGAGCACCACGGUUGAUGGCGGCGUUAUUAGCACAAGGCGACGAUUCACUCAGAUCAAAUCUGGAUGGGCCGCGUUCUAUUCUAACGGAUGUUACAUUGAAAAACAUGCUCAUAUCAGCAGAAGAGUUCAGACGUCUCGUUACUAUGGUGAUACAGUCGGGACAUUCUGUGGAAUGUUGGUUACAGGAUUGUACAAUAGAGCCAAAUGAGGACGUGAGACAGCUGAAUGUUGAGAUGGAGAACCAACGCGCUCUUCAGAUGGUUGCUGUACAGCCCCCCUCAACUGACUAUACAACACACAUUGCAUUACUGCAUGUGACCAUAUCAGCAGAAGCGUUCAGACGUCUCGUUACUAUGGUGAUACAGUCGGGACGUUCUGUGACCUGUUUGUUACAGGAUUGUACAAUAGAGCCAAAUGAGGACGUGAGACAGUUGAAUGUGGAGAUGGAGAACCAACGCGCUCUUCAGAUGGUUGCUGUACAGCCCCCCUCAACUGACUAUACAACAGACAUUACAUUAUACAGGGUGACCAUGUCAGCAGAAGAGUUCAGACGUCUCGUUACUAUGGUGAUACAGUCGGGACAUUCUGUGAACUGUAAGUUAGCGUAUUGUACAAUAGAGCCAAAUGAGGACGUGAGACAGCUGAAUGUCGAGAUGGAGAACCAACGCGCUCUUCAGAUGGUUGCUGUACAGCCCCCCUCAACUGACUAUACAACAGACAUUACAUUAUACAGGGUGACCAUGUCAGCAGAAGCGGUCAGACGUCUCGUUACUACGGUGAUACAGUCGGGACAUUCUGUGAACUGUUGGUUACAGGAUUGUACAAUAGAGCCUAAUGAGGACGUGAGACAGUUGAAUGUGGAGAUGGAGAACCAACGCGCUCUUCAGAUGGUUGCUGUACAGCCCCCCUCAACUGACUAUACAACACACAUUAGAUUAGUGCAGGUGACCAUGUCAGCAGAAGCGUUCAGACGUCUCGUUACUACGGUGAUACAGUCGGUACAUUCUGUGAAAUGUUGGUUAGAUGAUUGUACAAUAGAGCCUAAUGAGGACGUGAGACAGCUGAAGGUGGAGAUGGAGAACCAACGCGCUCUUCAGAUGGUUGCUGUACAGCCCCCCUCAACUGACUAUACAACACACAUUACAUUAAACACGAUGACCAUGUCAGCAGAAGCGUUCAGACGUCUCGUUACUACGGUGAUACAGUCGGGACAUUCUGUGGAAUGUAGGUUACUGGGUUGUACAAUAGAGCCAAAUGAGGACGUGAGACAGUUGAAGGUGGGGAUGGAGAACUUACCCGCCCUCAAAAUAGUGAUAUUCGAUCAUAGGAACAUUGUGUUCAACGUGAAUGUAAAAGCAUCAACAGAACCGGAAGAUGACGACGACGAUGAUGAUGAUGAUGAUGGUGGUGGUGAUGAUGAUGAUGAUGAUGAUGGUGGUGGUGAUGAUGAUGGUGGUGAUGAUGAUGAUGAUGAUGAUGAUGAUGAUGAUGAUGAUGAUGAUGAUGAUGAUGAUGAUGAUGAUGAUGAUGAUGAUGAUGAUGAUGAUGAUGAUGAUGAUGAUGAUGAUGAUGAUGAUUGGGACGACGACGGCGAUGAUGAUAAUGGUGAACUAGACGUGUCCUCCCAUGGCCCUGGCUCCGUCACGUCCGUGGAACCGGACGUGACCGUAGCUGCAGCUGGGAACGAUGCCCCUUGCUCCGACAGCUCCGACAACGGGAAGAAAGCUAAGAUGACGCGCUUUCAGAAAGUACGAAGGUUUUUCAAAAACUUGGGAGGCAAGAAAUCAAAGUGAAAUGAAAUUCUAAGGUACUUUAAUUCCAACGUGUUCAAAAUAGGAUCAACGCUGACGCUCCAACCCCUUUAGUCAGAGGAAAUGAAUGACAGUUAUGUGUUUCUUUUAGUGGUGUACAAGUUAAUUGUCAAAAGUAGAAACCUGCUAUCGAUUAGAAGAUCUUAAAAGACGAUUCAAGUUGCGAAUUUAUGACAAAAAUAUGUUGAUAUUAAUGUUUAUAAUGUUUGUCAUUGUUUACAGAGGUUUAUCAAAAGGCAAUUGUGAAUUUACGUCAUUUCCGAUGUGACAUCAUUUGGCUAACAUUUGGCGACAUUUUCAAAGUAAAGAUCAUUUUUGUUUGAUUUGUAAUGAAUGAUAAUCAUGAAAUAAGAUGAAAAGGUGUUUGUUUCAGUGUAAGAGUUCAAUACAGUUCAUCACGUGAACACCAGAGCAAAUAUUAAGGUGUUCACUCGGUAACAGAUAUUAGUUUCGUAGACUGAAACAAACAAGUACCCUCUAUAUGACUUGUAAAGCAUACUCAUUAUAAAGUGUACUGUUGUUGUAUAUACAAUUUUGAUCUGUUCUUAUAUGCCUUACAAAUAAUAGUGAUUUUAGAGUACAUUAUUACUGUAAAUAGAGUAUUAUUUGUUGACAUACUUAUAAAUGUUUUGUGCGUUAAAGUGAUUUUAAAGGAACUCGUUCACGUUUAACAGGGCCAGACAUAAAAAAUAUUCUUGUGAAAUGGGAACAAAAAUCAAGUUACAUAAAUGCAACAUCAUCACAUGCAUUAAAUAAGAGCUCUCGUGCUAAAAUCUAUUUAAAGCUGCACUCUCACAGAUUGAACGUUUUGACAACUUUUUUAUUUAUUGUCUUGGAACGAGCCAAUUUUUGCGAAAAUCCAUGGAAACCAGUUAUGAAAGACUGCUGACAAAAAUUUAGAUGGUAGAUUUUUAUAUUUAAGUUCAAAAAUUGAUGUUUUAUGCACUUUUCUUAAACCGUUAGUAACGGCUUAAGCCAUAAAACAUGAAUUUUUGAACGGAAAUAUGAAAAUCUACGAUCUGAUUUUUUGUCAGCAAUCUUAUAGCAUUGGUUUGCAGAUAUUUACGCAAUACAUUGCUCUUUUCAAGACAAAAAUUAAAAAAGUUGUAAAAAUGGUAAUUCUGUGAGAGUGCGGCUGUAAAUACGUCACAUAACAAGUUGAGUCGUAACAAGCUCUAAUUUACCGAAAAGCAUUAAUAACGCUGUUGAAAACUUUAUUUUUGGCUUUUCACAAAAUUCUGUUUAAAUAAGUAUUUUCCAGUUAAUGGUUCCUGUUUGUCCAACUAAGUGAUUAAAAAUAACUGAAUAUUAAGUUUGAAAAAAAUGUUACCUUCAUCAAAUAUGUGAGUGAGUUCCUUUAAAGUGUCUCAUUACUAUGAUAUUGUGUAUUGCCACUUUUACAGCGACAUAUUGAACCAAUGCAAACAUACAUUUAUACAAGUUAUGGAUCAUAUAUACAGUUCAGAGAAAUGUAUGGAAUGAAAUAAUGAAAAAUGCAAUUAAUCAUUUAUAAUAGCCUAUUACACAUGAUUGAUUGAAUUUCUCAUUAUUUCAUAACUAAUAACAACUAAUUGGCAACUAUAAACGACAACAUAUAUCAUUUAUGGUGUGUGUCAUCAGACUUUAGAUUCAUAUGUUUGUUGCCUUUAAGAUGUUAGUAUCCUAUCGAAAACGAAACUUUAGUUACACAAUAAUUAAAGACAGCAUUUGUCCGUAAAUGAACACUAGGCAGACUUAAAACCUACUGCAAGUUGAAAAUAGGGUUGAAUUACCUGAUUCCUUAUAUCUGCAUUAUUACAUGAAUGAAGUCAGAACUUUGCAACUCUGUAGUACAUUUUUGAUGAUCAAACAGAAAGGCGAAAAGAUAAAAUAGAGGCGUUUUAAAAUGCGGUAGCGUCCGUAAUAUUUAAGCAUCCUAUAAAAGCAAGUAUUUUUAGACGCAAUAAUUCAUGUAUUAUAUCACUUACAACUGUUCACUCCGGCACGUACUUUCUGUCUGUAUUGUUACUAGACUGAAUAUUUACACAUAUUUUUCAUGUACAUGUACAAUGAUUCUCUGUAGUAUGUUACCGUUACAUUUUACACUUAUCUGAUUCAAGUAAGACUAUUACAAAAGUAAUUUUUGGAAGUUUUAGUGAUCUCCCUUAGCCUCCCUAUAGUUUCGUCUUGUAAAGGUUGUCCGAUAUAGGGAGUUAAUUAAACUCUCAUCAUAGAACAACACGUGUAUAUAUGUUUGUGUAUACUGUUUAUUAACACUUAUCGUUGAUUAUACAUUAAAGUUAUUGACAUGUUACUUCAAUUGAUCAAUUGCAUUAUGAACGUUUUUGAUUUACUGAGCUUAUGGAGUUGAUUUUAUUGCUUAUUUGAUAACAAAAGUUUUGGGUUGUUUUGUUUUGUAAUAUGCAUGCAUUGAAUCACCUGAAAACACUAUAUUGUAUAUAUGUAUUUGUCCGCAUUGGCCAUGGCCUUCUGGGUAUUCUGUAAAUAAAUCCUGAAUCGUGAAAAUAUUUUUUGUACGCUAUAGUGGUUUCAGAAUAAAUUUAAUAACUGUUAUUUGAGUAAAUAUAUAGUGUACGCUAUAGUAUUUUCAGAAUGCAUUCGAUUAGUGUAAAUAGCGUUUCAUUAGUAUAGAUAUGUAAUGUAGAUUUUAGUGAUUUAUCUGAUAGUUCUGCGUCUGAAAAUGUGUUAGUAAGCGAGUCCUUGACGACUUUUCAAACAUAUUUUCUGGAUUAUGUGUGUUAUAUGAUGACGAGUGUCCGAUUUUUCUUAUAACAUUAUAUAUCACACCUCCAACAUAAAUGAAGCAACGCCAGGACUGGUCAGCACUCACGCGGUGACCACAUAUUUUUUCCAAAUUGGUUCACUAUAAUAACUACCAAAAUGAUGUUUAUUUUCCGAUUCCAAUAAAUGAAUGCAAUAUUUUCCAAAUUUUGAUAAAUGUAAACGUGUUUGAGAUGUGAUAUAUACAUUAUGGCGUUAGUAGGUGACCCGAUAUUGUUACCAUUGCCUCGUAUAUCCCAUAUCGGGUCAGUUACUUGCCCCGUAACUUAUCAAAUUGACGUCACUUGACCUGACUCUUGUAUAACUUAAAAGUCGAACUGCUCAAACUAAUAUGACAUCAUAUAAUAAUGUCCCACGAUAAAUGGUCGUUAUCUCAGCUAAGAGGUCAAGGUAAAUAUUCCAAAUCAAGUUGGCCUGCUUUGGUUUUUAUCAUAAUACUUCAUGUUUCAACAAUUACUUUGUUUUAUCCGACUUUACAUACCAUUCUGAACUCCUCUGCCAUUUUUAUCGAAAACAACCUCGGUUGUAUUCCGAAGUAGUUUGUAAAUUUUUGUAUAAUCUUUCAUUAAAUGUAGUGUUUUAGAGUUGUAUUUAUUGAUGUAAGUUUAAAUUGAUUGCCAGUUAAGUGUUUUAUUGCAAACAUAAUUAAGAUUCCGAAGAGUUAAGUCAUGAAGUUUAACUGCUAAAUAAAAUUACUACGCGAUCUUCUUGCAGCGGACUUAAACUUAUCGCUUUUUGAGUAUGUAAACCGUCCAAAUACAUCCGAGGUUGUUUUCGAUAAAAAUGGCCGAGGAGCUCCGAAUGCUUUACAUACUUGCAGAGCAAUAUGAAAAUAUGUAUUGUGUGGCAGGUACAUCAAAAAUAAAAGGUUAUGGCCUUGCUUAAUGGCCAAUGGUGACAAGUAAAAGUAAUAAUUUUUAUUAUAGUUUUUUUUUCCUUUUAAGGUCAUUAGACUAAUGACAAGCUGAUUUCACUUAAACAUUUUGUUAUAUUCUGUUAUCAUAUAUACAGUGAUUAUCCAACAUUAAUUCGACCUAUUUAGGGAUAUUGCUCCCUUUCCAGUGACAUUUUGUUCAUUUAACAUGUUAACUAUUUUAUUUUGGAGAAUGACAUUUUGUGUUAUUCAUACAAACAUAAAUUAGUAAAAAAUGGUCAAUUCCGGUAAAAAAGGAAAUUUUAAAAUAGAAAAUGCAAAACCAUAUUUUUAAAGGUAUUGUUUUCAUGACUUGUUUCAUGAUUUAGAUAUUUGAAUACGAAUGAUUCAAGUUAUGAAAAAACUUUCAGUUUAUAUUAAUAUAUAUGGUACCUGAACGUAUGUUAAUGUUGUUUGCAAUUAAUUUACUUUCCUAUGUGUAUAAUUAUAAUGUUCAAUUACUGAACUACGUAGAUGGAACAUGAACGUAAGUUCACGGUGUCUGCAAUUUGUUCGCUCUUCACAUGUAAUUAAUUAUGAAGUUCAUUUAUUGAACUUAGUAGACAGUACAUGAACGUAAGUUUAUGGUGUCUGCAAUGUUUUCACUCUUCACAUGUUGAAAAUAGAUUGUUCAAUUAUUAAACUAUGUAGACGGUUCAUAGACGUAAGUAAUUAGUGUCAGCAAUGUAUGUGCCUUUCCCAUGUUAACUGAAUUAUAUAGUUGAAUAAUUGAACAAAUAUUUUGACUUGUUUAAAUGGUUAACUACAAGGCAUAUCCUUGUAGUGUCCAUGGUAUUAUUAUUGUUUCACUCUGUGCAUAUAAACCUUGUCCUGUGUGAAUAUGGUUGCUAUGUAUACAUUGAAGCAUUAUUUAUAUUCCUUGUAUUAAUGAGUUCAUUUAAGAAUCUUGCGCUUAUGCCGUAUGAACGCACUCGGGCACGCGAGCAAAUUCCAUGAAACUUGCUUGCAAUAUUUAGUCAUUUAAAUCCACCCUGCAUAAUGCCAUGUCCACUUUAUGUUUUCAUGGUUUAUGUGUAUGUUAUUUGUUAAGAAACCAAAUAAGGAGCUAUAUGUAUAUGUAUGUUCAUAUAUAUUAUAUAUGAUAUAUGGACAUGUAUAUAUGAUCAUUGUGUUGUUUAAUUGUUUAAGUACGUUCAUAUGUAUACGAUAAAACUUGUAUGUUAUAAUUGUGGAAUUGAGAAUUAUCGUAUUUGUAAAGUAUGAAUGGAUAUAGAGGAAUGCCAUUAACUGUUGAUUUGUAUGGAUAGAGUUAUUUUACUAGAAGACAAAAAUAAAGAUUCUCGGAUAAUCAUGAGUGUGAUGGAAGGCAGUUCUUUUAUUUUAAUUUUUAAAUUUUGUUCCAUGGAAUAGAUAUUGAUAGUAAGAUUUUGUUAAAUAUACAUAUUGUGAUAGAGCUGACACCGAAUGUUAAUAGAAGACUAUGUUUAAAAUGAAAAGAUUUGAUUGAAGGGAGCUAGAUUAAUCUUAAAGAUUGUUAGCCAUUGGGACAUUAAUAGUUAAGUCUGUGAGCUAUAAAUGAGUGCGAUAAAAGGGACUAGCAACGAUUGAUAGUUAUGACUGAGUGUGAUUUAGAGGGGAUAAAAAGAUAAGUUAGUUAGUUAUAAAUGAGUGUGAUGUAAGGGAGAUUAAUAGUUUAGCUUGUAACUUAUGAAUGAUUGUGUUUAAGAGAGACAAAUUUUAAAGGUUUUUAGCAUAAAUAAAUGUUAUGUAAGGGAGAUUAUUAGUUGAGUUUGUAAGCUUUGAAUAGGUGUGUUUUAAGAGGGAAUAAUCUAAAAUAUUUUAGCUAUGAAUUGGUGUGAUUUAUUCGAAAUUUAUAGUCAAACCUGUUAGUUAUGAAUGCGUGUGUUUUAAGAGACAUUAACAUUCAAGAUUUAUAGCUAUGAAUUAGUUUGAUUGAAGGGAGAUUAAUAGUAAAGACUGUUAGCUAGGUAUGACUGAAAUAUAAGGAAGAAUAAUCUUUAAGAUUGUUAGCUACGAAUAAGUGUGAUUUAAGUAAGAUUUAUCUUAAAUAAUAUUCGAAUUUGAUGGCAUGGACCUUAUUCUUAAAGUUUUUUUAAUAAACAAGUGUGGUUGAUUGAAAAACAAAUCAUGUGAGCGAUUAAGGACCAUCGUCGCUCUCUUGUUCUUUAAACUAACGUGUUGUUGUUUUUUAAACAAAAGAUCAUUAUAUUGUCACAACGUCCAACGUUUUCAAUGAUAUUAUUUUAGGUACGUAUAAGAAAAGCGAACUAUGUUGUAAGAUAUGGAACGUGUUUAAAUGAUGUCAACACCUCAUUUUGUGUAACUAUAAGGUUGUCGGAGAUCGGCUCGUUCUAAUUCUAGUAGACCAUACAUGUUUACUAAAAAAAGAUUUCAGCUUUAUGUAGACACUAAACGUUGAUCGGGUUUUGGGGGAUUUCGGUCUAUUACGAUUGAGGCUGCCGAUUAUCGAUAACUUUGUCUCGAAAUCUAAUUAUUCUAUGUGGGUUUAUCCUCGGAGUCCAUCAAUAGAAAAUGCUUAAAACAAGAUAUAACAAUUAUUUUGCAUUCUUAAAAAGCUGCAUUUUAUCAUUGAAACAAUACUUCAACAUAUAAACAGCAUAAUAAUUUGCUUUAUUGUUCAUUAUUUGUUUAGUGCACUUAUCUUAAACGUUUUAUGAACUUUUGACUUCAAUUAAUCUCAGUUAAACGAAAAAUGAUCGAAAUGGCUUGUCCGAUUAUUCAAAUGAUCAAUUAUGACCGAUUUUAAAUCUCCCGUAUAACUAUGUGUUUUAAUGGAAAACCCUCCAUUUAAGGUGUCUGACAAGUAGGUAGGAAAUACUUAUACAUGCUUGAUGUGUAGCCUCCGACUUCUCAGCAAUGUUUAAUUAAAUAUCAUCCUGUUAGGUUGUAGGCAUUUUAUUCUCACAAUAUACGUAGGUGACAUUUUUGUCAAUAAAAAUAUCAAUCAAGCGUAAUAAUUAUAUUGAUGUUUUGUUGCUACUGCUUCAUAUUAUGAAGUGCUGCCUGGGCACAUUUGUUCAUAUUCCAGCACACAUAUAUUUACCACAUACUCCGCCCUUCUUAUACGUACCAGAGCCGCCAUCUCAUUGGAAUGUUUUGAAUUACGUUAAUGAUAAAAAACAUUAUAUGUAUACAUGUUAAAACCAAAUGAUAUCAGAAUGAAAUAAAAAGAAUGAAUGUUUA